GAGGGCGAAAGCGCAGUGUGCGUAUCUCAACAGCAAACUGGUUGGCAUCGCUCUCUCUACCCAGCUUCUGGUGUUCAUGCGAGCACUGUUCCAUUCACGAUGAUCAACGCUGUUCUGGUCUUCAACAAUAACGGCCAACCGAGACUGACAAAGUUCUACUCACAACUAGACACGGCCACACAGCAGUCUCUUCUCUCCCAGAUAUUCACCCUUGUAUCAGCUCGACCAGCUUCUGCCUGUAACUUCCUACCGCUUCCCCCCUUGUUGGCUUCCAGUGGCACGGGCACCAACACUUCACCCGACGCACCGACCCAGAUCACGUAUCGCCAUUAUGCUACCCUCUACUUUAUCUUGAUCUCGACUUCUACCGAGUCUCCUCUAGCGUUGCUCGACUUCAUUCAGGUGUUUGUCGAAGCUCUGGACAGAUUAUUUGAGAAUGUAUGCGAGCUCGACCUGAUUUUCGGGUUCGAGACCUUGCACGCAGUUCUCAGCGAAAUGGUCGUCGGAGGUGUUGUUGUCGAGACCAACCUGGAUAAGAUCGUUGAAGGUGUCAGAACAACCGAGGGAGUCAAGGGGAAGAGGAAAGCCGUCAAUUCCCGUGACUCUACCAGCUCCAUAGGCAGAGGUUCUGGAUUUGCUGGUCUUGGUUGGGCUACUGGUUCGGGAAGCAGCUGGAGAUGAAAAAUAACUCAACCUGAACCCUUCAUGCGCAGGGGCAGGAACUUCGCGUUACGCCGUAUAACCAGUGGCAACAACGGCACCGCCUGGAGGUGGAACAUAUGAACAUAACGGAUUCCCCUGCACUUUGGCCGUGACGGUUGGAUCUAGUCUGACAUAUUCUCAAGAAGAGAACUCUCAGGAUCAGCCAUGUGCCGAAUCUCGUUUGCAGACACCUUAUCAGGCACAUCUAGGCAAAGAUGUUGCGAUGUGGGAAGGGAAGUCCAUGACACGAAUGAACUAUCACAUACGGUUUUGUGUGAUAAAGGUUGAUCACUGGGUAGGACAUUGAAUUGAAGUGUGUGCUGGCACUGAAGCUAUACCCGUUUCUGAACGCAUCGAGGGGUUCGGACCGCUCUAUCAGCUGGGAAAAGGUCACUAUUGAAGCUCGCUAACGAAACGAAAACUACGCCCACCAGGAUAUUCAAUUCUUGUUCGUGUCUCCAAGGUCAACAAAGACCGAAAGCAGGAGAGAAGUCGUGUCAUACCAUGGGCGGCGUCUACAGGAGCAAUCAGAGACACAGUCGAGAGGCCGGGCACCACCAUCACCAGCAAGGGGGGAUCGUUCGGUUUCCUAUUCCCUUGGGUGUUGCCGGCUCGGGACGGAAAGACGAUAGAGGCUCGGGCCAGUGCGCACUGUGGCUCAUGGAUUAACACGAAUUGGUGUGUGUAGGACUUCUCUAUGGAACAGACGCUGUGUGAUGGCACAGUUUGCGGGCACGGUAUUGGUGAGGCUUGCACAGUGAGAUGGCUCUUUCGGACAGAGUACAGUGGUCCUAGCGACGCUGAAAGCAGCUGGAUAUCCGGGGCACAUAAGGCAAGCUGAUGCAGGAUUUCAGGGAUGUGAACCCGAUAGCUUGGAGUUUCCCAGUAAACCGUGGUCUACGGUGUGAUAGAAAUCAUGGGACGAGGUUGGGACCAGAAGCCAACAUUGGAAUGUUUCCGGGCGCUUAAAAAUAGGACGUGAAUGGAGGGCCCAGCCUG